AUGCGCUCAAAUCAUAGGUUGGGCAAUAUGGUGGCCGUAAUGGCGAACGACCAGCAGCAGUUUGAAUCUCUCGUAACACAGCUGAUGUCUCCUGAUAAUAACAUCAGAAAUCAGGCAGAGGUAGGAAAAUCUCUCCUAUUCUUGUGUGAUUUAUUUUCGUGAAAUUACAAAGGUGAGUAACUACGGUGUGGGUUCUUGCCGGGAACGUCCUUGAGAACCGCUGAUCGUCGGCAGGAGUUCAAACCAUGUGCAUGACAAAACCUGGCUUUUUUCCUCAGCUGUCUCACAAUUUUCCAGCUAUUAUCAUUACGUAAAACUUAUAUAAAACCCUUUAAUGUAACUAUAGCUUCCAAAUCAAAAGAGCGGGUUGUUUUGUUUAAAUGUUCGCCCAAGUUUUCAAUGUUAUCACCGAGAGCACCUACUGCAUAUCGCUUAAAAGACACGAUCUUGCACAAAAUGAAUUCUUCCGGGUUUCGCAAGGUCAUACAGUGAUUUAUGAUCGUUUUGGAAACGAUUUAAGGUAAUAUUAAACCUCUCAAAUCGUACUUGAGUUUGUAUUCCUUUAAACAAAGGUCGAUAUUAAAGUGUAUACCUUCGAAUGUAUUUGUUACAUACAUAUUGAUACGAUUAUUUAUUUCCUAGAACAGUCAGGAUCAAAUUAAAUACGUUUUAGGUUGUUAGUUAAUUAUUAGAGAAACAUCCGAGGAAUACAACAGGUUCUUCGCCGCUCAGAAAAGUAAAAUGAACGAAAAAGCAGUUAAACAAGAUUCCAUGUGCUUUCGUGGUAUUAAAAGCUAGUUAAUUAGAAUUGGAGUCAAAAAGUUAUUCACCGUCGUUGUCCAUGCUACGCGACCGGCAAUAUCAAAUCCCGUUGGAAAUAGAUCUCUGUCGUUGAAAAUAAGGUUUGACAACACAAGUCAGAGUGCUCCAUGUAAAUGCAAAAAAAUUAUAUGUAUCAGUCAUAUGUUGAAUGUAAACUUAAUUGCAGUAAACUUUGAAUGAUAAUCCACGUAUUGAUAAGAAAAUCCAUGUUUAAUUGUAAUGAAUUUUUCAAGGGAAGUCUCUUCCAGUAGAGGGCUUUUUUCAUUUUGCUGUAUCACUAACAAUGAAAGUUAUGGUAAAAGUUACCUGUGUGUAGGAAACAUGACUGAGAUUGCAUAUUUUCUGUUAUGAUUUUAUUUUGUUUACAUAAGUUGCCCCAAAAAGAAGAUGAAAACAUUGUCUUAUUUUUAAGUACUUUUGAUAGUUAAUUGACUUGUGUGUAAAAUAAUACAAAAUCCUGAUUCUUGGUUCCUUAAGACGCUUUGAUUUUCACUAUUAAAUUAAUUAUUUUAGUGAUUAUUUUGUUCAUUACCAUGAAUUGUAUUCAUAGUUGGGUGCAAUUUGUAGAACAGAACUAAACCAUAAAGGAAAACCAUAAAAAAGUAAAAAUCUCACCUGAGUACAAGUAUGUCCCAAAACACAUCUGAAGUGGGAAAAUUCAUAAAUGAUAAUUUCUUGUGCACUUGAAAUCUUUGUUUAGUUCUGGUGGAAUGAUCAUCACCCUUUUUUUGAGUUUUGAAGCAGAUCCUGAAUAAUUUGGUUGUAUGAUCCUUUUUUAGUUAUCUUUUUUCAAAAUAUUUUUAUUUGCUUAGAUGAUUUUGUACACUUGGCAUAAAACAAAACAAAAAACACCAAAAGAAGCUUCACAAAACUUAGUUCACAAACUAAUACUACUAUCAGACUACUUGACAAAACUACUACAGGAAAUUAAUAACUAGAAACCAAAGAAAUUAAAAAUUAAAAACCUUUUCUUCCUUGUCAAUUUGACAUGAAAUUUUUCUUGAUACAUUGAAUUCACCAUGUUGAAACAUAGUAGUUUAUAUUUGAUAACAGUAGUGGAAAAGUUGGAUAGCUUAAUCAUUAUCAAUGCAAGGUGGCUUUGCGAUAUCUAUUUUAUGUUACAUUAAAAAUUUAGUUUCUACUGUUUAGUAAAAUCUUUUGUUUUCUUUUUUUUCUUUCAGACACAUUAUGAAACCAUUAAUGAGCCAACAAAAAUUAAAUUCCUUAUUCAGAUGAUAAGAACAUCAGCCAUUGCAGAGGUAAGAAAUGAAGGCAAUAGGGUAAAAUUAAAGACAUGUUGUUUCUAAGUGAUGUUUUGAUAUUUUUUGGAGAUUUUGGUAUAAUAUUUUUAUUCAUGAAAAUGCAUAGGUUUUUCUCUUUGCCCACUGUAUCAUUUUUUAAGCUUAAUAAUUUUAUCAAAAACAUUUAUUGAUUAAGGUGCGUCAGAUGUCAGCUGUGCUGUUACGAAGGAUUUUCUCAAGCUCAGUGGAUUUUUACGACAAACUUGAUCAAGCUUUUCAGCAAGAAAUGAAGAAUGAUUUACUCAAGGCCAUAAAUGAGGAACAAGCCCAAGCAGUAAGAAAAAAGGUGUGCGAUGCUGUUGCUGAAUUAUCCAGAAGUCUUCUAGGUAAGUUGUGAAGGUACUUGUUGUUCUACAGGAAUUUAAUAAUUCAAACAAUUUUUUUUCUAGUAGAAAGGGUCUGUUUAAGAACAGAUGUGGACUGCACAUUUGUGUUUAUCAAAAAUCUCAUUUUUUGAGUACAGUAGCUCUUAGCCACUUAAAAGGGCCACCUAUAUUCUCAUGUCAAGUUCCUGCAAUCAAUGUGUAUCAUUAUCAUACAAGUAAAUCAUUUAUUUUACAUUUGACACGGAUUUUAUUUUCUCUUUUUUCAGAUGAGGAAGGAUACAAUCACUGGCAAGAACUUCUGAAGUUUCUGUUUGAGUGUUGCAACUCCCAGCAUUCUGAGCUUAAAGAAUGUGCUCUCCAUAUUUUUGUGUAAGUGUUCUAUUCAUUCAUCACCUCCUUGUCUGGUAGUCUGACGUGGUAAUCUUUUCUAACAGUUGAAAUAGAGGGUGUACAAAUAAUCUGCAUCGCAGGUGAUGUGAGGGAACCUUAAGAUUUCUAUUGGUGGACAUUUGUGAAAGAGCAAAGCCCAUGGUCAAUUAACACAUCCAGUAGAAAUAGUGAGACUGAAUAUUACAAUUUUAGAGUGAUAUUAGUUAUUUUUGAAAAACACAAUUUUGUUAUAUUCUACAGUGAUAUCCUCUCUAGGAGAAUGUCUUUCCAUUGUCUUGUUCGAAUACUAAAUUUUUUCUCAUAACAGAUCUUUCCCUGGAAUAUUUGGAACACAACAAGAACAUUACAUGCAGGUUAUCAAACAUAUGCUGUGGCAAUGUCUGCAGGAUCAGUCCAGCCAACAGGUUAAUACCACACUGCUUCAUAAUUGUGUCUACAUCAUGGACAAUACCCAAAAAUCAUUAAUAAGCCCCCUCACUGUCUACCAUAUAGUCCUGAUGAUGUUAGUUCAUAGAAUUUUGUAUUAGAUCAGCUAAGAAUCCCCCAUUUGAUAUUUUUCUCCAUUCUCAUUACUUGUCUUCUUGAUUAUCUUGGGUCUGAUACAUGUUUACAUUUUUUUUGGUUAUUGCAGGUUCGUUUUAUGUCAGCCCGCGCUUCAGUUGCUUUUAUCACAGAUCAAGUGGAGGAAGUCAAACAGCGACAGUUUGUGGAUUUAGUCCCAGGAAUAGUCCAGGUAGUUGGAAGUUACUUUAUAAAUUAAAGUAAAACAAAAUUUUUGGUUAUUUCUUGCCAUUAAUUGGCAAGAAAAUGAUGAAUUUUUGUUCAUCAGAUUUGAGGGUAAAUUUAUUCAGUUGUUUCCAAGUGUUCCCAUAUCAUCAAGUCCUGCCACUACAAGUGUUUAUUCCGGUUAUCUACUGUCAUAUAAAUUGAUCCCUAUUGAAAGCAACAGAAGAACUGCAGGGUGAAAUAAUGUGGGAUACCAAGUUGAUGGCCUUGCAAUUCUGCACUGCACUGCACCACCCUGUUGCAUUUUAAAGCCACUGGACAUGGGAGUGUGCAGGUUAAUUAUUCAUUCAUCUCUUGUGUGGAAAUAUAUGAACUAACUGUAUACAACUGUUUUGCCUCUAACCUCAGAGGACUUUUAGCCAUUUUUGCCUUACAAUCACACCAGAAUCACACCAGUAUGACCCAUUUAAGUCUUGCUCACACCUGAAAUUCUUUUGUCAGGUUCCUUUCCUGGGAUUGCACAGGCUGAACCUAACACCUGACAUAGGAUAAAUUUAUUCACUGACAUGAAUUUCCACGAUUUAACCCUUUAACUCCCAUGAAUGACCAAGACAGAAUUUCUCCAAACAAUAUCAGUACAAUUUCAAGAAGACAAGAGAUUGUGAUUAAUGAAAAAUAUCAACUAGGGGAUUAUUAGGUGAUCCAGGUCAAAAUCUCCAAACUCACACAAUGAGAAAUAUAUGGCAGGCUGUGAGAAGGAUUACUAAUGAGAUCUUGUGAGUGAAAGGUUAGAAGACAUGAUUUAGUUCAUAUAUGUUAAGUCACAAAAAUAUUUUCUUGUUUAUCUCAGGCUGUACGGGAGAGUGUUGUUGCAAGUGUGGAUGAUUCAGUGUUAAAAUGUUUAAUUGAUUUAGCAGACACUUGUCCUAAGCUUCUUAGGACAAACUUGGAGUCCAUUUUAGAUUUGAUGUUGGAGGUAUGUAGUUUUAAAGUCCUUCUAAUGAAUAUCUGCUGACUUAAGAGAGAUGAUUUUGUUGCUAGGUAGAGUACAAAGAUUUUUGGUUUGGUUGUUUGCACUUAAGUCUCUGGUCAAUAAUCUUUACCUGAGAAACGUGCUGAAAAUGUAAGCAUCGGUGGGUUUUACUUAUGAAAAACAUUGAAAUACUCGCAACAGUUGUUAUCAUGAACAAAGCUAAUAGGAAUACUUUCCUGAAAACAAGUUUAACUUGUAACUUAUAUAUUGUCAAGUCUCAUCUGAUGGUGAGUACAAAUAGGUGAAGAGGGAGAGUUGAAACUAGAUUGUCAUUGGUGGGUGUUGGGUUUAAUAAGACUUGUACCUACCUUUUACAGAUUGUGCGCAAUGCAAAUCUUCUUGAAAGUUGGAGACACUUGUCCCUGGAGUGUGUUGUCACUCUGGCAGAAACAGGUCUGUAAAUUUGCCUUUCCACAAAACACUUCCUUCUAUAAACUUCAGUGGUUUGAUUUUGGUACUGUAUAACUUAUGAAAAGUACUUGCACAUAUGCCCGACAGUAUUUCUCAUACAUUCCUUUAGAAAGGUUAUUCUUAAUUUUCAUUAAAUUGCGUUUCAUUAUAGCACCAGCAAUGCUCAGGAAAUGUCAGAAGCAUAUUCCAAUUAUAGGUUAGUCGAGUGAAAAUUCUUUUUUUGGUGCAUUUUUAGUUUCAACUUUUUUUCUUUUUCCAAUUUGUUAUUUGUAUGCUAUUGUCAUUUUUAUAGAGUGGGAAAUUUUCGAUUGAACAAACUUUUGAAUUUAGCCAGCCUGGCAGUGAAUUAUGCCCUGCCAAAUUGAUCAAUCAUUGCACACAUACUAACUUAGAGAUCAAACAAUUAAUGAUAUUGCAGUUCCAGAGAUGCUGGCCAUGAUGGUUGAUCUUGAAGACGACCCAGAAUGGAGUGUGUCUGAUGAACUUGAAGAUGACGACUCUGAAAGGUAUAUUUGUUUGGUACCAGGAAUUAAAUUUCUGAUUAAAUGAAAAAAAAUUUUAGUUGUGGCUUCCUCUAAUCAGAGUGGUAUUCAUGGAAUAAAACAAAUAAGUUAUUUUUAAACUUGGUCAUCAAAUCAGGACAGUUUUAAUUCUGAUUAGCACAGCUGGCAUGUUUAUUAUUAUUUUUACACUAACCAAAAUUGAUAAGUAAUCAAUGAUGAAACUUUGCUUGAGACUUUUUGGCUGGGCCUCUUGGUUUCAUUUAAGUUUUGAACAUUUUUGUCAUCUCUGCAGUUCAUAAAUGUGAGCAUAGAUAAUGAAGGUCAAUUUUACAAGUGGAAAAAAUAUAUAUUUUGUUAAUCCCUCCAUAGUAACUCUGUAGCAGGAGAGAGUUCUCUUGAUCGACUGGCUUGUGGUUUGGGUGGAAAAACAGUUUUACCACACAUCAUUGUUACAGUGCCACAGAUGUUGCAGAAUGGUGAGUUUAUUGGUAUAUAUGUGUUACAAGUCUCUAAUUAUAUUAUUUCAUAGUUAUACUUUUUUUUUCCUAAUUCCUGCUCCAUUUUGUAGCUGACUGGAGGUACCGACAUGCUGGUCUAAUGGCAAUCUCUGCAGUGGGUGAAGGUUGCUAUAAACAGAUGGAGGCUUUACUCCCAGAUAUUGUGAACACUGUCUUACCUUUCUUGGGUGACACCCAUCCGCGUGUGCGAUAUGCUGCCUGUAAUGCAGUGGGACAGCUUUCUACUGACUUUGCACCUGGAUUUCAAAAGAAAUUCCACACUCGAGUAAGUGGAAAUUUUAAUGAUUGUAGAGAUAGUUUUCAUCUCUGUAGUCACUGGGAUGAGACAGCAGAGUGGCACUUGGACAGUACAAUUUAAAAUUGUAGUGUCUGUCUUUGGUACAGUUGUGUUUGCAAAAUAAGUAUCUCUAGAGAUGAAGGUCUUGGCUUGAGUAAGGAAGUUGUUGUCUUGAGGUACACGAGUCUUGUCUCAUGAAAGGUAUUUAAAAAAUGUUAGUAUUUGCAAUCAUAGACAAAAACUAUCUCGGCAAAUUGAUUCUCUCAGUUGUUUGUAUUUUAAGUGACAGGCAACUUUUCUGCCAACUUCAUAAAUCAAUUUGUCCUCCCCCAUUCCUCCUAGUCAGUGUUGUUUCUUACUUAAUAAAGGAAAUCAUUCUAAAAACUGUAUUGAUAAAAGGAUGGAAGGGGAGACGUAUUUGGAAAUUAACAGUUUCGUUGGCAAUUGUUGGUACAUUGUAACUUUUUUUCUCUGUGUGUUUCUCCUGGGUGUGUUUAAUUGUCGGAUAUUUAUAGGUGAUCCCAGGCCUUUUGGUUGUUUUGGACGACACUGCCAACCCUCGUGUCCAGGCCCACGCUGCUGCUGCUUUGGUUAAUUUCUCUGAUGAUUGCCCCAAAAAUAUUCUGGCGUCUUAUCUUGAUGACAUCUUGGCAAAACUUGAAGCUGUGCUGGCUUCAAAGCUAAGGGAGGUAGGUUCAUUAUUAUAUUCUACCCUUUACCUCUGGUAAAUAAAUAUUCUCUAAGCCAUGAAAAAUAUGUUUAAGUAUUUAAGGGAGGUCAUCGCAGAAUUUUCUUCAAAUAAAACGUAUCUGCUUGUUGCAGGUGUUGGUUUUUAUGUGUAGUAAAAUAUAUUUUACGCCACCUCGUUUUUUAACAGCUGCUUGAACGUGGUGGAAAACUAGUUCUAGAGCAGGUUGUGACCACCAUAGCCACAGUUGCAGACACUGCCGAGGAGAAAUUCCUGCACUACUAUGAUCGCUUCAUGCCAAAUCUUAAGUACAUCAUGCAGAAUGCUCUGUCAUCUGAUUACCGCAUGCUGCGAGGGAAAACCAUCGAAUGCAUCAGCUUGAUUGGUUUGGCCGUAGGGAAGGAAAAGGUACGUGGAUUCAGUAUUGACAGUAGUUUUCUAAGAAAUGUUUUUUAUAGGCUGUUGUGUUGAACUUAAAAGAUUUUUGUUGUAGAUUGUUAAACAUGAUCUUCUUUGCACGCAAUUGAAAUAGACCACGCCGCGUGGUCUUAAUUUAUCUCGGUUUCCAUAGCAAAAAGCAACUAAAACUUAUUGCAACUCGUCCUGAAUUGGAUUUUAGUCCGUCACCGUCGGCCGGUGUCCAUUUAUACUCCUGAGUUAAGAGAGACUCUGUGAGAGUAAAAAUUUUAUGUCUAAUAAGCCAACAGUAUGACCCCGAUUAGUGCUCGAACCCAGACCUCUCGACUGAGAGUUCAGCGCGAUGACCAUUGGGCCCUAGUGUCUCGCACGUGACUUUUUAAGUGUACAUGUUCAAACUGUUAAAUCCCACACUGUUUUUUUAUCUUGUUUAGUUCUUGCCCGAUGCUAACGAUGUGAUGCAGUUGUUGCUCAAAACUCAAACUGAGAUGGAAGAACUAGAGGCAGACGAUCCUCAGGUGGGUUGGCUUGAAGAUAAACACCUUUUAGGUGAAAAUGGACAAUUCUACAUUCUCUCCCUCGUACAGCAAGAUUAUUGUUGCGUCAAACGGAGCGAUGAGGGAGCGACAUGUAUAUAACAAUUUCAUGUGCCACUUUUAGCGCCAUUGAGAAUCCACCGCAAAAGAGAAAUUUCCGUAAAAUGUUCGUUUGAUAGAGUAGAGAAUCACCCAAUGAAAGUGAGAGUAAAUUAAAAAGCAACAAGGAUGUGUUGUAAAAGAACACCUAGAUCUAUGAUUUAUGCUAAAUUGUUUUGGGAGAACAAACCGCGGGAUACAGUAUAGCCCCUAGGAGCUCAGCAACCAGGCAACUUCGGUGAAAUAAAGUUUUAAAUUACCAGCCCAGGUGAAAACUAGUGAGUCAAAAUUGGCGCGACGAGCUGCGAACACCAUCGCCAGAGACAGACGAACCCUUUUUUUUUUUUACCUCGAAAAGGUUUGGAGCAAGGGAUCCACUUGUGUGGGAAGGACCGACUGAAAUUAAACUGAUAAAUGGUCUAAGAGACCGUAAAUCUUGUACAUUACUUUACGUCCCCGUUCAUGUAUUCAUCAUGAAGGGAUUGUUUUUCUAUGUGACGUUAGAUUUCCUACAUGAUCUCCGCUUGGGCCAGGAUGUGUAAGAUUUUUGGAACAGAAUUCACGCAGUAUCUUCCACUGGUGAUGCCAUCUGUAAUGAAAGCUGCGUCAAUCAAACCAGAAGUGGCAGUCAUCGACGGUGUGUGAUUUAUUUUAACAUUCUUUGUGUUAAACGCCUCGUUAUUUCGAUUCUGCUUCCAAGUGAGACAAUAAUUUACAAAUCUGUUUUUUGUUUUGUUUUUCUGUAGCUGAUGAUCCAAAGAGCGGCCAGUAUUCUGAAGAUGAAGGAUGGCAGUUUAUUACCCUUGGAGAUCAGGUACAACUUCUAUCACCUGUCGAGUUCAAGUGCAAUAUUUCGUUUUAAAGUACAGUUAACUACGAGACACUCGUUUCUUAAUUGCGCGAGGAGUUUAAAUGAUGAUAUGGCAGAAUGAAGCGGUAAGGUGUAUGAGGUGCCCUUUUUUUGACUCUAGAGUACGAUGGAGAAAAGCGAACAUUUUGUGCUCAACUCGAGACGUACAAGUGAGACCUCCAGUUGUUUAAACGUACACUCAUCAAUCAUUUCCUGCAAUCAGCUUGAUUUUUUUUUUUUUUUACAAUAUCAGCAAAAGUUCGGUAUCAAGACUGCUGGCCUGGAAGACAAGAGUACCGCUUGUCAGAUGUUGGUCUGCUAUGCCAGAGAACUCAAAGAAGGAUUUGCUCCGUACACAGAGCAAGUCGUCAAACUCAUGGUCCCUCUCUUGAAAUUUUACUUCCACGACCUUGUGCGGACGGCUGCAGCGGAAUCGUUGCCAUUCCUCUUGGAGUGUGCCAAGAUCAAAGGGGACGGGUACCUCCGUCAGAUGUGGGCCUACAUGUGCCCGGAAGUGCUAAAGGCCAUGAGUGCCGAACCAGAACCGGAAGUUCAGAUUUUGAUCAUGGAUGCCCUGGCACGGUGUAUAGAGACAUUAGGUGUGGGGUGCAUGACCGCUGACUAUUUCACAGAGCUGGGAACUAUUCUGCACGAUAUUAUUGACACUCAUAAAAACAGACAGAUCGAAAGGCAGCGUGAGUAUCACUUGAAUCACUCUGAAGUGAUUAUUACUGCUAGUUCACUUGCACCCAGUUCUUUCGCACCUAGUACACGGCUAGCUUGGUUCACCGGUAAGUCUCUUUUCUGGCUUAGUUGCUGGAGCAUCUGACAGUAAAAAUAAAAAUUGGAACUGGCUGGGACUGAGAGCUAUUUGGGAACUCGGAUUUCGUCGUAAUCCUGCCAUCAUGACCAAAUGUUAAACAUCUUUCUUUCGACUUUCAAUUUAUUUUAUACUUGUUGAUUUGUUUGCGUAACGUCAUCUUUUGCACAGAAAGAAGAAAAGAAGAAGAUUACGACGAAGAGGUCGAGGAAGAUUUGCAAGACGAGGUAUAUUUUUGACUAUUUACCUCGGAUCUUUUCGAUGAUUGUUGUUACUUUUGUUGUUACUUCUCUUAAACGUAAUAUAUUUUAUUCUUAUUUUAGCACGAGACUGAUGUGCACAUCUUGAGCAAGGUAAGUUGACUGAAAUUUCACCUUGAAUUUUACUCGCAUGAGUCUCAACAAGCUUAUAGUCUAUCAGAUUCAGUUUCUUCUACUUAUGAAUUAUCUUUGCGGAUUUCAUGGCCAUCACUGCUUGGCCACCGCGCCUGCCACCUUAGUCACCACGCCCUCCUCAGUGAAUCUUACUGCAGCGACAUUUCAUUUAUCAUUUUGUACUGCUUUUAUAGGUUUCUGAUAUAAUGCACGCUUUGUUUGGUACGCACAAAGAUGGUGCAUUGCCUUUCUUUGAGCAGCUUUUGCCGGAUUUUCACUCCUUACUGGUGAGUUCGAGAAAUUUUCAGUAAUGAUUCUUCUCGUCAUUUCUUUGAGCGAGUUUGAGGUUUGGUCAAACUGACGUGAGUAUGGUGACGUCAGCAACGAUCGAUUGAAAGAUCAGUUUUCAGUUUCACUGUUUUACCUUCAUUUUCAUUUCAGUUUAAUUUCAAUUUGCUUGGUUUAUGGUCAUAAACUUCCUUUGAACAUCGCCUUCAGUUAAACGGCUGCAUUUGGCUGCUUUGUUGGACUAUUUUAUAAAUUAAUUUAGUUAUUUGCUUGUUUAUCUUUCUAAUUAUUUUUUAUUUCCCUUUUUUUUAACAGUCUCCAGAGGGAUCCGCUCAAGACAAGCAGUGGUCACUAUGUAUAUUCGAUGAUGUCAUAGAACAUGCGGGAUCUGUAAGUAUCAAGCGCGUAAAGGAAGGGUAAAAACAACAGGUUUACCUUCAUCAUUAUCGUCGUGAUCCUAGUGCAGCUUGCCCUGGCUCCACACAGGGUAGAUAUUUUACUGUUAUUGUUUUGGAAUACCUUAUUUUUCUCCUCAGUCCAAUAGGAAAGCUAAUUAUUUGUCUGUUCUGUCAGGCGUCGUUCAAGUAUCAAGAGUACUUUCUACGGCCGAUGAUGAAUUAUGUGGUUGACAGAAAUGCUGAUGUGAGACAGGUACAGUCUACGGUUAUAGAACUGACAACUGCACGGCAGAGGUACUUUGAUCCUUUCACAUACAGUGUAGAGCAAUUUUCAUUGGUUUUGCUUUACUUCGCUCAGUGAUUGGUCCAAAAAACUCGCGCCUCUUUCUCAACCAAUUAGAUACAAAACUAAAACCAAUCAGGACUUGGUCGCCCGCGCUUUCCCGCGCUCUAUUCAGUUUUGUCGUUUCAGUUACUUUAGCUCUGAGAGGAGUUUCCUUUCUCCUGAUUGGCGGAUGUGAUUUCUUUGUUUCUGGUUACAUGGCACUCAAUCGAAAAGCGUUCUAAAACGUAUCAUUAACACUUCCUGUGUACUUAUUCUAUAGGCUGCGUGUUAUGGAUGCGGAGUGAUGGCUCAGUAUGGUGGAGAGGAAUAUAUCACAGCCUGUGCAGGUCUGAUAUUUUGUCAUUGACAAUAAGAUACGCAGUCUACUUCAAAUAUUCCCGAGUGUAAACCCAGUUUUGUGACUUUGAAUACUUCCCGAGCCGCUUUUCCGUAGUAUACGAUCUACCCGAGAUCACGUUUUUAAAACUGAACCAUGUUUUCACGUUUCAGAUGUUGUACCCUUGCUUUUCCAAGUCAUAAACGGCCCGGAAUCCAGAAGUCGAGAGAACGUGAAUGCCACGGAGAAUGCUAUUUCUGCUGUGGCAAAAAUCUGUAAAUAUAAUCGUGGGAAUAUCGCGCUGAAUGAGGUGGUCCCGGCGCUCAUUGCGGCAUUACCGAUCACGGAAGAUAAAGAAGAAGCACCACACGUGUAUGGAUACCUCUGUGAUUUGAUUGAAGAGUAAGUGGCUUGGUUUUGUGAGGGAAAGGAUAACGGAGAAGCCGGGAAUUGUAGAGCCACAAAAGAAUGAAAACUUAAUGUAGACACAUCGAACUGGCUAAUGCAUGAUGAACAGUGAAAGAUUCGAUUCGGGGCCACGUUGAUCCGAUGUUAGCGCUUUCACCAUUCAGUUGACGUUUAAGGUGCGACUCUCUCAAACUCCCUGAAUACUUCUGAGGAUUGCAACAAAAUGCCAAGUCACCACUCAGAAUUGGUGCGGCGAGGGGCGGGGGAAGGUGGAAAACUUUAAGACACUUUACUUUACAUGGAUCAACUCGUGACGUUUUGGGCAUAAGCACUAAUGUCUUAGUUAAAUUUUAUUGUCGUUGAUGUUGUUUGUUUUGUACUCAAACAGAAAUAACCCUCUUGUUCUGGGCACAAGUAACAGUAACUUACCUCGGAUACUCCAAAUUUUUGGCGAACUGUUCAUCAAUGAUGUUCUUAGCGACGACGAGGCGGCCCGGAAAAGGGUUCUAGUAAUCAUACGACAAAUACAGGUGAGAGAGCGGACGAUUAUAAAUGUGUUGGUGAAAUAACGCUCUUAGUCCGAGUUGAGAGAGGCUUUAACGUAUCGAAAGUUACAUUUCUAGGUCGGUAUCCUGUCUUAUCAUUAACUCUUCAACCCCAAAAAGUGACUGGCAGCUAAUAUCUCUUUACAAUAUCACCCCAGAAUCAAACAUUAAGAUUAUGAGAAUAAAGGAAAUGAUCACUGACUAAAGAAUCUCUUGAUUGUUAAACCAAUUCUCCUUGUCAACCCCUUAGGAAAUGAGUAGAGAGCAGUAUGGAGAAUAUGCGCACGCGCACUGAUGUUGAGUGUAAAGGGUUAAUGAAUAUGCCUAUCUCUUUCAGAGCGCCGCUGACAUGUGGACGGCGUGCGCCGGACAACUCAGUGAGCUCCAACAAGAGGCUUUGAAACAAGCUCUCGAGGCACAGAGCUGAUUCGCGUGCGUGCGUGCAAGUUACCCAAGCGUACAGAACCUCGCAACAUCCGCGACAAAGCGCGUCCCUUCGGCAGAGUUUUCUUAAAUUCUUCUGCAUGAAUUGCGCCCACAUUCUGUUGACACUCUUGUCAUGAACACUGAACGAUUUUGAUUUUUCUAUCGAGUGAAACAAAAAAUAGAACCGAGCUGGAUUUUAAGGAGAAGCGUCGUGACUACUAUGAGUAGUAAAUUGGGAUUGACUCGCGUACGUUGUAAUCGGGAGAAGUACAGGAACUUAAGGAGUGAAUGAGAGAGGUGAAGACGGAAAACAGAUCUGAAUGACAGGAAGGAAAAAGAAAAAUUAUGGAACUGAAGUUAGUGGAAAACAAAUGAACAGACGAGUGCGAUAUAAUGAUUAUUAUCGGUAUAGCAAUGUUAAGUCUCUUAGCCGAUAUGGUACUCCUUUCUCAUGAAAACAUUCAAGCCCAAGAUUGAGAGAGAAAUUCUCCUUACUAUGUCUCUUCUUACGUUUCUUUUUAUGCUGGGAGAAUUUUCCGGUACGUCAGGAUCUUACCAAUAGCGGAUUAUUUUUAUUUAUCACCGCUCUUGUCAUUGAUGUAAGGAGAUUUACAAUGUACAUCACUUUUGGUGCUUGGUAUGAUAAACUAAGACUACUUCACUGAAUUAAAAACGGAAUGGAAGAAAAAAAUGUGUGUCCUGCUUGGCUUGCCUAGAGCAUUUUAGUAGUAACUCUUCCAGAGAAAUAAUGAUAACAGCUUUUUCAAGUCAUAUAUUUCCUGCG